GUGAAGCAGCGCCAUAGCCACCGUAGUCCUGGCGACUGUAACCCACCGACAACAACCUCUCGCUCCAUCAUCACCACCUCCUCCUCCUCCUCCACCACCAUCCUCAUCCUCAUCCACCAGUCCACGGCUCAGGCGCCAUGCAGACCCCUGAAGCAGGCGCUGACUCCACCUCCACUGUCCCUCUUCAGACCACCGUGCCUGUCCAGCCUACCGGCUCCACCCAGCAGGUGCCUGUCCAGCAACAGGCCCAGACUGUUCAACAGGUUCAGCAUGUUUACCCAGCACAGGUGCAGUAUGUGGAGGAAAACAGUGGCGUCUACACCAACGGCAACAUAAGAACCUACUCGUACUCGGAGCCGCAGCUGUACAGCCAGAACAGUGGAGGGAGCUACUUUGACACGCAGGGCAGCUCAUCACAAGGGUCCACUGUGGUGACAUCUCAUGGCAUGACCAACAACGGAGGAGGGGGCAGCGGAGGGAUGAACAUGGGUCUGGCGGGGGGUCAGGUCAUCAGCAGCAGUUCGGGGGCGUACCUCAUGGACAACACCGGACCGCACCCUGUCACCCAGACCGCACGAGCUUCCCCGGCGACUAUUGAAAUGGCGAUUGAGACACUCCAAAAAUCGGAGGGUUUAUCCAGUCAGAGAAGCUCGCUGCUCAACAGCCAUCUCCAGUGGCUGUUGGACAAUUAUGAGACAGCAGAGGGCGUAAGUCUACCACGAUCCACCCUCUACAAUCAUUACCUACGGCACUGCCAGGAGCAGAAACUGGACCCUGUGAAUGCAGCCUCGUUUGGCAAACUCAUCCGCUCCAUCUUCAUGGGACUCCGUACACGGCGCCUAGGGACGAGAGGCAACUCCAAAUAUCAUUACUACGGUAUACGUGUAAAACCAGACUCCCCACUCAAUAGACUCCAAGAGGACAUGCAGUAUAUGGCUCUCAGACAGCAGCCUGUUCAGCAGAAACAGAGGUUCAAGCCGGUGCAGAAGUUUGACAGCGGCGCUGGGGAGAAUUACUCAGCCGGAGGCCAAAACCAACCUUGUGCAGAGGAGCAGACGGUCAUCGCGCAGAGCCAGCACCACCAGCAGUUCCUAGAUGCAUCGCGGGCCCUCCCUGACUUUGUUGAGCUGGACCUGGGACCGAGCAAUACAGAGAACAUCAGUCCGGAAGAUGUGAAAGCUCUCCAGUCCCUUUACAGAGAGCACUGUGAGGCUAUCUUGGACGUGGUUGUCAACCUCCAGUUCAGUCUAAUUGAGAAGCUGUGGCAGACAUUCUGGCGUUACUCUCCCCCUGAUUCGGUAGAGGGUGCCACUGAAAUAGAAAACAGCAGCAUUAGCGAGAUCGAAGCGCGGCUCCCCCAAUCACAACUACUGGCGCUGUGCAGAAGCGAAGCUGUACUCAAGUGGAUGAGCACCUGUGACCACCUAAUGUAUCAGGCCCUUGUGGAGAUCCUCAUCCCUGAUGUCCUGAGACCCAUUCCCAGUGCCUUGACUCAAGCCAUUCGCAACUUUGCCAAAAGCCUGGAAGGUUGGCUCAAUAAUGCUAUGAACGCCAUUCCACAGAGAAUGGUCCAGACCAAGAUUGCCGCUGUAAGUGCCUUUGCUCAAACACUGCGCAGAUACACAUCUCUGAACCACCUGGCUCAGGCGGCACGUGCUGUGCUGCAGAACACGUCACAGAUCAACCAGAUGCUGAGUGAUCUCAACCGUGUUGACUUUGCCAACGUACAGGAGCAGGCAUCGUGGGUGUGCCAGUGUGAGGAAGGAGUGGUUCAGCACUUGGAGCAGGACUUCAAGGCCACGCUACAGCAGCAAAGCUCGUUGGAGCAAUGGGCAGCCUGGCUGGAGAACGUGGUCACUCAGGUGCUCAAGCCCUAUGAGCACCGGCCCACUUUUCCCAGGGCAGCUCGACAGUUCCUGCUCAAAUGGUCCUUCUACAGUUCGAUGGUGAUCAGGGACCUGACCCUGCGCAGUGCUGCCAGCUUCGGUUCCUUCCACCUGAUUCGCCUGCUCUACGAUGAGUACAUGUUUUACUUAGUGGAGCAUCGUGUGGCCCAAGCUACCGGAGAGACGCCCAUCGGUGUCAUGGGGGAGUUCGACAGCCUGAACACCUUCUCCCUCAGUAACAUGGAUAAAGAUGAAACUAGUGGGAUGGACAGUGACCUGGAUGACGACUUGGAGGAGUCCGGGGAACCUCUUGCCAAGCGGGAGAAGUCGGAGCACGACGUGAUCCAGGUGAUCCAGGUGGGGGCGCUAGAGGACGGGUCCCACCCUGUGGUGGGCGUCGUCCAGCCAGGUGUCCUCCACUCGCUGCCUCAGCCCCAGCAGGAUCACACGGAGCACAUCCUCACCCCCUCAGCCGGUACUCCCAACAUCCGCCACUGCAGCAGCACAGGCAACACCUACGCCUCUGUUUGAGGGUCAGAGGGCACGGCCAACAGUGUCCAGCCUAUUUACGCUGUUUCACUCUCACCACAUAUCUUUCUCUCUGUCAGUCGUGAUGUUUCUGUCUCUUUCAUGCAUUGUCUCCGUCUGUACCUGAAUGGACCUGCUCUCCUCUCCAGCCUGGUCAGUGGAGGAGUGCCAAUGGCUGACACUCUGGCCAAGUUGUGCUGUCCGUGUCCGACUGCUUAGAUUGUGGAUGUUCCGUCAUCCCAUAAGUCUGUGCUCUACCAUAGUGCGGCAGAAGUGGAAGGGACCCGGAGGAAAAGGACUAAUUUGUUAAAACAUUUCCUGGUUAUUCAUGAAUCAACAACAAACCUGUCUGUGUUUGUACAGACAAGCAUAAGCUUGAAAGAAAAUCACACUCCUUCAUACUACUGAUGUCUCAGAGCUCAAAUCCACGUCACCAGUCCCAGAGGAGCAAAGUCAUCGAUUGACUCAAGACCUUCAUCUACUGUACAUAGAUCUGACUUUGAAUUGGUAUGACCCAAACCUCAUGGUGCUAUCGUUCUGUUUUGCUUUAACUUCCCAUUAUCCCCCUAAUUUUAGUAUGAUUUACAUUCCAACUGCUGACUAACUUUUGGCUGAACAAAAUAUGUGAGUGUUGUUUGUAGCUCAAAACAAAAGGAUGACUCUCUAUGUGUGUAUGACAUUUAAAAAAAAAAAAGGAUCAAUGGGCAAUUUUGUCUCUUAAUUUGGUAGCCACCCACCGAUAACCACUUACAGCUUUUAGCCACAGAAAAAGGAACUCCCUGAAGAAAUAUCUGUGCUGCUACUCACGUGUAGAGAGAUUGAGAAGAACGGCUGUACAAAAACCGUUUCCUCGAUGCUAGCUUUUCUAUGCACUCGUGCAUAACGCUUGCCUUUGUUCAUUCGAGAUGCUCUGUAGUUCCGCUGAUGUGACAAUAAGUAAUCUUGAAAACACCUUACUAGACACAUUCCUCCGGUUUCUUUCUCUUUUUUUAGUUUGUGUCUUGAAGAAAUCUUUUAAGUUCAUAAAGGACCAAAAAACAAACCAACAAGAGGAAGCUGGGAGUGAGGCCUCAGGGGCCACCCGAGAGCCGUCUCCUGUCCCCCCACAGUGCCAUGUUUGCAGAGCAGAAGGAAUGUCAGGGAUUAAAUGUACCUCGGCUUUAUCAUAGUGCCUUAUCUUUAAAUGCAGCUGUCCUUGUUGUCCUGACUGUGCGGUGUCGAGAGCCCGCGGCCCCUCUGCAUUGUCCCAGCCACACCUUUUGGCUUUCCGGUGACUUGUGGCUGGAUUUGGGCCGGGUCAUCAGUGUGGAGACCAAGGAACCCAGGCCCAGACACAUCUGUUGUUUUCUCUGGAUCAGCUCUACUAAGCUUCUUUACGUCUCUGAAUCGCGGUCUUUAGCCUUGCUCCUGCCCUAACUCUGCCCUCUUGAGGCCUAUUCUUGCAUUAGCCUUCGUUACUGGGUGAAGUGCGUGUGAGUGUGUAUAUACAUGGAUGCGUAGGUCUGCACUGUGUUUGUAUAUGUAUAUAGAUAUGCCUAUGUCUGCGUGCUUGUGUGUGUGUGUGUGUGUGUGUGUGUGUGUUGGAACACAUCCAUCAGUCACCCUACCUCAAACCAGUGGUGCCAGCCCUUUUGACGCGUGCAGAACAGUCACCAAACACUUAUUGCACACACACCUCUGUACUGCACAAAUCUCAACGCGAUAGAGAAAGUCUGCAUUGCUUUUCUCUCACCUCUGACACAUUGUGAUUUCAGUUCUUAGCCCAUAAAAAAAAAAAAAGCAUCAUCCUUUGUUCCCUGUUUGAAGAUCAUCUUUGGACAGUGGACCAAAAGUAGAUAUUUUCUGAUAUUCAAAGAGAUAUAUAGAUAUAUAUGUAUAGUAUAUGAAAUGACGACACACUACAGAUACGUGUUUGCUUUUUAUGUGGUUGAUCGGAUUGUUUCUACGUGACUGUGCUUCUUUCGGUAGCUCCUCUGUAAUUAGUUUAUAGACUCAAGUGGGAAAGGCAUGGGUACUAACUUUUUUCUUCAUUAGACUACAUCUAUACUUGAACUGUUACAGCCUUCUAUGUUGUGGAGAUUAUUGAGAUUAAUCCUCUAAAUAGGAACUGUUUAACUACUAAAUUAAUUUAGUUUUUUUUUUCCAUGCCUGUUAAACGACCUGCACCGCUUCUCUGCGGAAGACAUUUUUUAUUUAUUGAUAUUUAUUGUGUUCUUUAUUGGUUUCAUUAUGCAUAUGUUAUAAUGGGGAUUUAUACCACUGCAAAGAGCAGACCUACUGUACAGAAGGACCAGGAGGUUUGUUUGUUGUCUUUUUGUUUUAUUUUCCCCUCGUAAGUCAUUUAUGUAGGUUUAUGAAGGAUUAUGAAGAAGGGUUGGCACUGUUAUUUGUUGUAAUCAGUCUUUUAGAAUCUCUAGUCCAAAAAUUUCCUCAGAAACUGUCAUUAUACUGGAUCUGUGCCCUUUUUGUCUGAAUCUAGGUUGUGUUGCUGUGUAGAAAACAUGCUCAGCUGUAAAAGAGGGCGGGGUUGUGCAAAUGUUGUCAUUUAGGUCUUAUUCUGUAAAGUAUGAAUGAGUAUCAGGGCCACUUACAGGGAAAAAACCUGAGAUAUUGAGAGUAAAUUAAUAAAUUUACCAGGAGAAAGUCUGAAUUUAGGGGAAACAUCAGAAGAUCAGUCUGUUGCCUGAUAAUGGAAAUGCGGUCGACUGUAAAUCUUUGAUGUGAUGUACGUGUGAUGUGAUUUUCAAAGAGGUGUUCCAGAUUCUCAAGAAACAAUGAUAUUUGUGUGAGGUUUUGUAUCCAGCACAGGUUCUCCUUGAAGCUUAUUUCUUAAAAAUAUCUUCUUUAUCAACUUACAUUGCUGCUUUGUUCUUGUAAAAUUGCAACUUUACUCUCAAAAUCUCAGAUUUUCCUGUCUUCAGCAUGGCCCUGAUACUCUUAUUGUACUCUCUUAUCUGAGUUUUGUUUAAAAAAAAAUUCGACAACGUUUUUUGUCCCCCACCACAAAGACACAGUCCAUAUUUAUUAAGCCCACACAUCUCAUACUGUGGCUUACCCUGAUCCUAUUGGCUUGAAAUGUCUGGCACACCAGAUCCAGGAACCGAGCGGACACACACACAAAAAGGCUUUAUCAUCACACCCCUUAAGGACAGUUGUGAAAAGUCUGCAAGAAAAGGUCAGUGAACCUUAAGGGAGCUGGGAGCUGGAGGCCCGGAGUAUUUUGUUUACAUCCGACUGCAGCUACAGCGACCUUGUAUGAGCGAUGGCUCCCUGACUCUUGCUAUUUGAGUCAAGGAGAAAACACAAGGUGAACAGACACAUAGACAUAAAGCCCCUAGAUCGUCUUCCUCUUUCUCCGGAGACUCACCAUAAAUCUGUGCUCCUGUAAUAAACUAACCCCACAUGACUCGCUGAAUUUAUUUGAAAAAUGCGAUUGUAAAAGAAAAAAAGAAAAAAAAUGACGUUCUGUGACUGAAAUCUUUUGAAGUAUGCUGUAAACCUGGGUAGUGUGUACUGGUUAGGAAUGGAGGUUCUGCAGGAUAUAUUAUCUUGCCUCUUAUUGAAUGAUUAGUUUUAUUUAAUAUAUACGAGUCUCACCUCCGUUAUCAUGUGAAUUAACUACAACACUGUAGAUGCAUUUUUUUUUUUGUGUGCCUGAAGUGGAAAUGGCUUAAAAAAUGUUCUUUCUUUGAAUCUUGAAUUGUGUGCUUUAGGAUCAUAAGUGCUUUCUGGUCUUGCACGGCUCCCAUGUGCUGCUAGAAUCCGGUUUUGUUUCUUUCACAAUGUCCCCCCCCCUAUUGUUUUCUUUUCACACAUGGACUGAUGUGCCACAGUGAUUUUUUUUGUGUGCUUUUUCUGCAUCUCAAAGCCUGCCUGGUAAAACACUGGACUGAUGAUAAUGCUGCCAACACAAUUGUACUUAAUUUCUCAGUGUGUUUGAACUUGAGAAGUAGAAUUGUUAUUUUUGUGAGUGUGUGCGUGCAAAUGAGCCUGUUUUUUGACCAGACGGAAAAAGAAAAAGAAAAAAGAAAAACAUAAGCUAUGUCAUAGGAGUUUUAGCUAAGAACGGACUCUUCACCAGGACAACAUGGCAGCUUCACUGACCCAUAGCAGACUCCAGUGCCUUUUCCUUUUCGCCCCGGCCAGAGCAGAUGGCCUGGGUGACUAUUGGGUCUCUGGUGGGCUACAGAUAGAGGCUCAUCAGAGCGGACGUUUCCUUGCACAGGUGCUGCCAUUGAGAAGACACCGGAGCUGAGGAAGACGAAAAGAAAAAAAAAAGACCCGCCCUCAGACUUGGGGCUGUCUAUUUACUGGAUGUGACGCGCACCGAGUGGUUUACACGUGGUAGAUGACCCGCACGCGGCUUUUUAAAAAUUGUAUAGAACUGGUUAAUGAACAAGGAGAGCGGCUGUAAAGUAAAAAAACGCUCCCUCUUACGACUUGUUUUUCUCAUGAUCGUGAUUUCUGUUGGGGCUUCUUUCUUUUCUUGUCAAAUGAUCUUUUCUGAAUGCUGUGACCUGUUUGAGAUUUGUAUCUGGAUGUUUUCAAGUGCCAUUUGACAGUCCAGUGAGUCGUGGCCAUCUGUAGCACGCUCUAAUGCAAGCACAAGCAUUUGGCAGUGGCAUUUGGGGAAGGUUUUUAUUUUCGAUUCACCCUAGACAAAAAUAUGUAUAUAUCAAAAACUGAAAAGGUAUAUUUAUGUGAUUUGUUCUUUUGGUGAACAUUUUAUCGGAUAUGUUGGCUUAAGUGCUUUUUUUGUGAUAAUUUCUUUUCCCUCUUUUUUUGGUGGGAUAGUGUAUAGUAUCUGAUAUAAUAUAUACACACAAAUUUCAUGUGACUUUCUUUUCGUGCGCUGUUAAGUUUUCUUCAUAUCUUCUCAAAUUUGGCGAGCAAAACCAAUGCGUGUAGGGUGAUUUGUAUUGUGUAUUUUGCAUAAAAAACAAGGACAAUUGGGGAACUUUUAUAUUUAUAAAGAUAUUAUCAUUUAGUGUGUCGUAUUGAUGAAUAUAGAAACUAUUAAAGACACAUGUAGUUUGGUUUUCUGAAUAUUUCAGAUCUCAGCUCAGGCUAGCUUCUUAGUGUUGUUUUCUUAAAAUUUGUGACACGUCUUUGCAGUAAUAAAUGUUCUCUUGUUCAAA